AUGAAACUCCACGUUGAUGUUUGUAUAUUUGAUCUUCCUUUACUCUGCCCAAUCCAGUCAGGUAAGCCAUAUGCUGCCAGGUACAUCGGCUCUAUGGUAGCGGAUGUUCACAGGACUCUGGUCUAUGGCGGAAUCUUUCUUUACCCAGCUACCACCCUCUCACCCAGGGGUAAGGUGAGUUUUUUAGCCUGA